AUCCUCCGUCCACACCACCGUUGCUUCUGCCUCCUCUUCGCCCAGCCUAUCGCUCUCUUCAAGCUCCUUGCCCCUCCCCCUUCCAACCUUGUGUAGAGAUUGAUCAGCAUGGCCGGAGCCCUCGCAGUACUCACAGCCAACAGCCUGGAAGCCAACGGGGCCUACUGGGUCAGCGGUGACCGUUUGAGCGACUUGAUGGACUUGAUGUACAAUAACAAGCACGUUUCACCGGUUGAGUACCGUGCGGCUCCUUCUACCCAUCAGCAUCGGGAAGAUCGACCAGGGCCGCCCGAACGCCACCUAGACUCUAAGGGAGCCAAGGGUGCCGUGAGGCUUUGUCCAAGGAGGAAGAAGUCCAGGACCUUGUCUCCUAGGGAAAUCAUCAUUGAUGCGAACUACUUGUCUACUUUCUUUCACCUACCACAGCCUGAAGCUGCUGUCAAGAUGGUGGUUUCUUUGUCUGCCCUCAAGUCAGUGUGCAGGAGGGUAGGUGUUCCGCGAUGGCCGUACAAGCGCCAGUACACGACCAACGACUCUCCCUCUCCUUCUCUUUCCAUCUCUUCAACAAUCAAGAUGUAAGUGUAAAAAUAAAGAUGCUCUGUUUUCA